CUGGUGAAGACGCUGACAGUGGCGCCACCGUCGCAGAGACCCAGCGCAGCGUUACGAAAACAUGUCGUAGACAAUGUACUUCUUUUGUUUUUAUUCGACUCUAAUAAUCACCGUCGCCUGGUCCUCGGUGAUUCCGCCAUGUUAGCGACGGGAGGUAAAUCCGGAUUGAAGUCUCAAGGCACAGUGUCCAGCGCUAAACAACUUCGAGUCGAUCAAAAAAAAUUCGGUUCAAGAUCUAUCCGCAGAUCUGUCCGCAGCGGUUCGAUCAAGCUGAAGCAGACGUACGAACACCUCCUUGAGAACGGCGACAUCGGGGCAGCGUCACGCGUGGUCCCUUCGUCCCGCGCCCGCCCGCCGUACCUCGAUAUACGACUACUACAGGCUAAGAGGCAGCAGGCUGAAAUGAGACGAAAUCAACGUGAAGAAGACCUCCGUGAGAAUCACCCUCUAUUCGACACUCCGCUGCUGAUAGUUCCAAGGGAGUCUCGCUUUCGUAAAAUUUGUCGCGCCAUCGUAGACGCCAGAUACGACGCGAGACUAAGAGAUCCCGUUACAGGAAACGAGAGAAAAGUUCAUUAUAAGAGUUUCCAUAACUUCCUCGGUCUGGUCACGUAUCUGGACUGGGUGAUGAUCAUGGUCACCACGUUAUCCUGCUUAUCAAUGAUGUUUGAGACUCCUACGUAUAGAGUUAUGGAAAAUUUCGUACUUCAGAUAGCUGAAUAUGGAUUCGUCGUGUUUAUGAGUCUGGAGCUGGCACUUAAGAUUCUAGCGGACGGUCUCUUCUUCACACCUAAGGCAUAUCUAAAGGACGCUGCGGCUGGUCUCGAUGUCUUUAUUUAUGUUGUGUCCCUAACCUUCCUCUGCUGGAUGCCGGUGCGCGUGCCUCCUGGCAGCCCUGCCCAGAUGCUCAUGAUACUCCGCUGCGUCCGUCCGCUGCGCAUCUUCACGCUCGUCCCCCAUAUGCGUAAAGUCGUCUACGAAUUGUGUCGCGGCUUCAAAGAGAUCCUAUUGGUAUCAACGUUGCUCAUUCUGCUGAUGUUUGUGUUCGCGAGCUACGGAGUACAACUCUAUGGUGGAAGGCUAGCUCGUUGUAACGACCCAACAAUAACUCGUCGCGAGGACUGCGUCGGUGUGUUCAUGAGACGUGUUUUCGUCACUAAAAUGAAACUCAGACCCGGGCCUAACGAGACCUUCCCAUCUAUGUUGGUGCCUAGAGUUUGGGCAAACCCAAAGCGUUUCAAUUUCGAUAAUAUAGGCGAUGCUCUUCUAACUCUCUUCGAAGUUCUGUCGUUUAAAGGUUGGCUUGACGUUCGUGAUGUAUUGAUCAAGGCCUUGGGACCUGUACAUGCUAUUUACAUACACGUCUACAUAUUCUUGGGCUGCAUGAUCGGUUUAACAUUAUUUGUUGGUGUGGUUAUUGCGAACUAUUCAGAAAACAAAGGAACGGCUUUACUCACUGUCGACCAAAGGAGAUGGUGUGAUCUGAAAAAGAGAUUGAAAAUUGCUCAGCCAUUACAUCUACCUCCUCGUCCCGAUGGCAGAAAGAUUCGUGCCUUCGCUUAUGACGUCACACAAAACUUAUCCUUCAAAAGAGUCAUUGCCAUCGUCGUGCUUAUAAACAGCGGGUUACUAGCUGUUACUUGGUCCCGUCAUUCGAGCAACACGGAACGUCUCGCGUUGACGUCAGCACUACUGACGCUGGUGUUCGUAGUGGAAGUGCUCCUGAAGACGAUAGCCUUCACACCGCGCGGCUACUGGCAGUCACGCCGGAACAGAUACGACCUACUUGUUACAGUGGCGGGAUGUAUAUGGAUAUUCAUGCAUUUUACUCUUAAGAAUGACCUGUCAUACUUCGUGGGCUUCAUGGUGGUGAUACUGCGUUUCUUCACAAUAACCGGCAAGCACACGACCCUCAAGAUGUUGAUGCUGACCGUCGGUGUGAGCGUCUGCAAGAGCUUCUUCAUUAUAUUCGGCAUGUUCCUGCUGGUGUUCUUCUACGCACUCGCCGGCACCAUCGUGUUUGGAAACGUUAAAUAUGGCGAAGGGAUCGGAAGACGGGCGAACUUCAAUUCGCCUAUCCACAGUGUAGCCAUGUUGUUCCGUAUAGUGACCGGCGAAGACUGGAAUAAGAUCAUGCACGACUGUAUGGUGGCGCCACCUUACUGCACGCCCGCUGACAACUACUGGGAGACUGAUUGCGGAAACUUCACAGCCUCGCUGGCAUAUUUCUGCACCUUCUACGUCAUUAUUACUUAUAUAGUGCUCAAUUUGCUUGUCGCUAUCAUAAUGGAAAACUUCUCGUUGUUUUAUUCGAACGAGGAAGACGCUCUUCUAUCAUAUGCUGAUAUCAGAAACUUCCAGAACACCUGGAACAUUGUGGACGUUCACCAGAAAGGUGUGAUCCCUGUGAGGAAGGUGAAAUUCAUAUUACGUCUCUUAAAAGGCCGCUUGGAAUGCGAUACGCACAAGGAAAGGUUGUUGUUUAAAUACAUGUGUUACGAACUGGAACGAUUACAUAACGGAGAAGACGUGACUUUCCAUGACGUUAUUAAUAUGCUAUCCUAUCGAACGGUUGACAUACGUAAGUCCUUGCAAAUGGAGGAACUGCUUGCUAGAGAGGAGUUUGAGUUUCUUAUAGAGGAGGAAGUCGCCAAACAGACGAUUAGGACAUGGCUCGAAGGAUGUCUUAAGAAAAUACGAGCCAACAGCAGCAAGCAGCAGACAAGUCUCAUAGCAGGGCUAAGGAAGACCAACGAACAGCCAGUUGACUUUGCCACAGAGAAAGAAAAAGAAAAACAGGAAGCGGAAGCUCAACAAACUGUUGCCAAUUCCGGUCGUACUGAGAUCACUGAAUCGGCAUCCCAGCCUAUAAUGUCAAACGUAACGUCUUCUAUGGACUCUCAACCGAAACGUGCCUCCGGUAAAGGGCAGUUCAAAAGAUCUGGACUACCUUCAGUAACUGUACCGAGACCUGAAAGUCCAGUGAAGAAAUAUUUACAACCAACACUGAGUGACCCACAUCCAGCCCUCACUAAAAAACCAGCCCCACCUACUGUCAAGAACAAUACUCGCGGCGGCCACACCCCCGCUCACACACACACGCACACCCAGCAGCACACACACGCACACACCAACGCGGCCCUACACGACGUGCACGCGUGGUGGGGGGCGCAGCUGGCCGCACUCGCACACUAG